AUGGAGAGCGAGAUAACAAUGGCAACCAUAAAACUUAUGAAUCAAGACUUGGUGCGGUUGGAUGGGUUCGAUAACACUAACUUCACGUUGUGGCAUGACAAGUUGAAAUUUCUCCUUACCACGCUAAAGAUCUUCUAUAUUUUGGAUCCAGAUUUGGCGCCGUUAUUGGAACCCACAAAUGGAGAAACCAAAGCAAUUAAGGCUGAAAGGCAGAAAUGCCAAGAAGAUGAAUUAAUAUGCCGCGGUCACAUACUCAACAUGCUGUCGGAUCGUUUGUAUGAUUUAUAUACCAACACAACAUUGGCAAAAGAGAUUUGUAAUGCUUUAGAGAGUAAGUACAAUGCGGAAGAGGAAGGUACUAAGAAAUUUCUGAUUUCUAAAUACAUUAAGUUUCUUGAUAAUAUCACCUUACUUCUCCAAGUACACGAAUUGCAAGUUAUUGUCAACAAACUAAAUGCGGUAAAUAUUGAAAUUUCGAAGACAUUUCAAGUGAGGGCUAUAGUUACUAAACUCCCGAGGACUUGGAAAGGAUACCGAAAGAAAGUAAUGUAUAGUUCCGAAUAUUAUUCUUUGGAACAAUUGCAAAAACAUCUUCAGAUUGAGGAGGAAUCCAAAUUGCGUGAUAGAAGUGAAAACCAAUUGGAAGGAACUUCUAAGGCAAAUGCCAUUUGA